UAGCCAAACAAACCAUUCCCUAUUUCUCUCUCUCGUUCUCUCAAGAUCUCAACAAUCAAUCGUUGAAAUGGCUCGUACUAAGCAGACCGCCCGCAAAUCCACCGGAGGGAAGGCUCCACGGAAGCAGCUUGCCACCAAGGCCGCCAGGAAGUCUGCUCCGGCGACCGGCGGAGUGAAGAAGCCCCACCGUUUCCGGCCGGGGACGGUGGCCCUGAGGGAAAUCAGGAAAUACCAGAAAUCAACUGAGCUUCUGAUCCGAAAGCUUCCGUUCCAGAGGCUGGUGAGGGAAAUCGCUCAGGAUUUCAAGACCGAUCUCAGAUUCCAGAGCGGCAGGCUGGUGAGGGAAAUCGCUCAGGAUUUCAAGACCGAUCUCAGAUUCCAGAGCGGCGCUGUUGCGGCUCUUCAAGAGGCGGCUGAGGCUUACCUUGUUGGAUUGUUCGAGGACACCAAUCUUUGUGCUAUUCACGCAAAGAGGGUCACCAUUAUGCCCAAGGAUAUGCAGCUCGCUAGGAGGAUUCGUGGGGAGAGGGCUUAAGAUUUGAGAUGAAGAAGGUUGGUUAUUAGAUUGUGCUUAAUGUGUUUUCUUAAAUUAGAUCUAUUGCCAAGUGAAGUGGUGUAAAUCUUAGAGUUUAUCGGUAAGAAAUUGAUGUAAACCUUUGAUGCAGUAGUAGUAUUGAUGUUUAUCAAUCAAUCCAUUGUCUUAAUAUUAUUCUGUUCUUGGAUUA